AUGGUGGUGGCUCCAGGAGAAGCAGGAGGGAUGGAGGUCUGGGAGGAAGUAGUGAAGGUGCCCAGGAGUGAAGCAGUGAAGGUGACCCAGGAGGAAGCAGUGGAAAGUGACCCCAGGAGGAAAGCAGUGAAGGUGACCCCAGGAGGAAGUGAGAACACUGCAGGCAACAGUGAGAACACUCUAGGCAACAAUGAGAACACUCGAGGCAACAGUGAGAACACUGCAGGCAACAGUGAGAACACUCGAGGCAACAGUGAGAACACUGCAGGCAACAAUGAGAACACUCUAGGCAACAGUGAGAACACUGCAGGCAACAGUGAGAACACUCGAGGCAACAGUGAGAACACUGCAGGCAACAAUGAGAACACUCUAGGCAACAGUGAGAACACUGCAGGCAACAGUGAGAACACUGCAGGCAACAGUGAGAACACUCGAGGCAACAGUGAGAACACUGCAGGCAACAAUGAGAACACUCUAGGCAACAGUGAGAACACUGCAGGCAACAGCAACAGUGAGAACACUGCAGGCAACAGUGAGAACACUGCAGGCAACAGUGAAAACACUGCAGGCAACAGUGAAAACACUGCAGGCAACAGUGAGAACACUGCAGGCAACAGUGAAAACACUGCAGGCAACAGCAACAGUGAGAACACUACAGGCAACAGUGAGAACACCGCAGGCAACAGUGAGAACACUGCAGGCAACUGUGAGAACACUGUAGGCAACAGUGAGAACACUGCAGGCAACAGUGAGAACACUGCAGGCAACAGUGAAAACACUGCAGGCAACUGA